AUGUGCUAUCGUGCAUAUUCCGAGCCCCUUACUAGUGAACUCACGGCUUCCGACUGGACUGUCGCACCUCCGCGCACGUUCGUCGCCGCACUCGCCGGCCGCCAUCAUUCGAACUCCCGUGCUCUCUUACCCCACUCUGUAGGCCCUCACCCUCCCCCUAGGUCUCCUCACCCCCCACCGGGCCAGAGGUCCCCAGCCCGCCCCCGCUCCGCCAUGUCGUGGUUCCGCUCCGCGCUGAGCAUAGGCGCGGAAGCCGCCAAUGCGAGCGGCAAGGCGGUGGGGUCGGGGUUCGAGCGCGCGAGCUCGUUCGCGUCGUCGGUGGUGCAGCGCGCCAAUGACGCCGUGCUGCUGGCGGGCGACGCGGUGGAGCAGGGCGCCAAGAUGGUCUACGAGCACGCCGAGCACGCCGUGGGCGGCGCGUCGGCGCGGCAGCACAACAGCUUCCGCCACGCCGUGCGGCGCAUAGAGGAGGUGGCGAUGCUGGCGCGCGGGGCGGAGCGCAAAGAGGCGCUGGCGCGCUGGCUGGGCGCGUUGGCGGAAAUCAGCGCGGAGAGGGAGCAGGCGGAGCGCGGAGAGAAGGAGCUGGCGGCGCUGCAGCAGCUGGGGAUGGGGCUCGCGCUGGGGGGGAGCGCGGCGGCGGGUGGGGGGAGCGAUGGCGGUGGGGGUAGCGGGAAGAAUGAUUCAGCGGAGGGCGAGGGGGGGGCAGCGGGGCAGCGGGCGGUGGGGGCAGACGGGGGCGGAGGGCAGGCGGGGGAGGGUGCGGAGGAGGGAGCUGGUGAGGGCGCGGGUAAGGGCGCUGGCGAGAGCGACGGCUCAAGUGGCAGCGGCGUGAGGGAGGGGUUGGCGCCGCCCUCAGCGUCUCCGCGGCGCCUCCCUGCACCGCCCAGCGCCCCCCCGCAUAGCAGGGUGUCUCGGGUGCUGUUCCACGACCCCAACGCGCCCCACCAGCCGCUCACCUUCCGCGACGUCUUUCUGCACAGCCAGGCGCUGGAGAACAUGGUGGCGUCGCUGGUGAUGGACCCCGGGGAUGACGAGGAGUUCUGGCUGCUUAGAAACCUCUUCAGGCUGUGUCUGUCACUGGGUCACGAGGAUCAGGACGCCCUGCUCGCCACGCUGCACUCGCUCGCCAACUCUGCCGAGUCCUAUGCUGAAGUCAAGAAGAUGCCGUGCUCGAAAUGCACGUCCGAGAUCUACCCUGGCCUGGACGUGAUUUCAAUGUGUGGAGUUGAUAACCCGACCCAGUCCACUCCCCCUCCUAAUACCGGCACGGCAAGUCCUGUUCGUGCGGCACGAGUUUACCUUCCGGAUGUCGACCACGAGGUGUUCAAGCAUUUCCGCCUCAUAAAGGUGGACGAAGGGAAAUCGCAGCAGUACGAGUGCAAGUGCUGCUGCAAUGUUUUUUCUGGUGCCGCCAUCCGAUGUGCGCAGCAUUUGGCGAGUUGGAGGAAGAUGAAGCGUCGCGAAGUGGCGCUAUGCAAGGAAGCCCCCUUUGAAGUUCGGGCUGCUAUGCGGAAGAAGUACGAGGCAAAGGCUGCAGCGGCGGAUCAGCGCUGCCAGGUGGCAUCUGAUGCCAUUGCGUCGGUCACCAGCAGCGGAAAGAGGAGCCGCAUAACUGACUUCUUGGAGACGGAUGCGGUAGCUGGGAAGCGCGAUGCACAUGAGGCGUUGGCGCUCAUGUUCGCGGGGUGUCGCAUCCCGGAGCGCGUCGCGGAGCACCCUCUCUUCAUCAACGCCGUCGGUGCCAUUAGGGAUGCCGGCACAGGAUACGUCCCCCCUAGGAGGGGGUUCAUUGGCGGGGCGGGCCUGCGACUGUGCUGCGAGAACAUCGACAGGGGGCUGGCUGGAGUGAAGGCGAGCUUGAAGCGGACCGGCGUGACAGUUUCUUCUGAUAUGAUGACCGAUAAGAACGGUCGCCCACAGGCGAACGUCUUUCUCGUCAACGACAGUGGCGCGGUGUUCAAGGAGAGCGUGGACUGCCGCAUGGAUACCAAAACCGGCGGUUAUGUCGCCAACAUCCUCAGGCCUGUGGUGGAGGAGGUCGGCUCGGAAAACGUGGUGGUGUUCUGCACGGAUGGUGGGUCCAACUACGCGGUGGCGUGCAACGAGUUGAUCGCGGAAUGGCCGCACAUUCAACACGUGCCAUGCGGCCAAGACCUCUUCAUGGAGGACGUUGGUAAGAUGUCGUGGGCCAAGAAGUCGCUUGCCCAGAUGGUGGUGUCUGAUGUGUGGAAGGGCUGGGCAGUUAGGGAGAGGAAGAAGGCUGCGGAGAAGUUUUCAGCGCAAGUUCUUGAUGCCGCGUGGUGGCGGACGGCGGAGUUUUUCUGCAAGCUGAUGAAGCUCCCGUUCAUGGCAAUGCGUAAGACCAAUGGGGAUGCCAAGGGGAUGAUGGGCCAUAUGUAUGACGUGAUGCUGCAGUUGAUUGAGGAUGUGGGGACAGUGGUGGAGGAGGAUGAGGAGCAGCUGAGCUACUCCGACAAAGAUGAAGACAUCUUCGGCUCAGACGCGGAGUGCACUAAGGUAUUCAAAGCGUUCAUCACUCAGCACGCCGAGCACCUCAGCAAUCACGGGAAGGAGGGGGAUGAUGGGAAUGACACCGGUGAGGUUUUGAUGGAACUGCAGGACGAGGUGAGGGCAUUUCUGGACAUGAAGGUAAGCUUUGGGAUGGGGGAUGCAAUUGUUCAGAGGAACUUGGUCAAGGAGGGCAAGUAUGACAUGGUAAAGUGGUGGCAGUGGCACGGCACUGACGCACCAAAGCUGGCGGCCCUCGCCAUCAGGACUCUCUCUCAUCUCGUGUCGGCUUCACCAUGUGAGAGGGGAUGGUCAUCGUGGGAUGGGGUGCACACGGCCCGCCGGAACCGGCUUGGCUCUGCCAAGUGCCGGGAUUUGGCGACACUGCUUGUUGUAAGAACGAUCAACUGUGCGUUGCCUCUCCAGCCCUGGACCUACAUCCCCACCAAGCCCCUUUCCCCCCCUGUGCGCCUCCCCAUGCAGCUGUCAGGCGACGAGUUGGAGCGGUUUGUGGCGGAGGCGAUGACGGGGCUCAAGGUCAGCCCCGAGGCCGAGCGCCUGGACCACGAGGCCCGGCGCCUGGAGCACGCCGUGGCGCACGGGCUGGCCGCCCUGCACGCCGCGCCACCACUGCUCGGCGGGGAGGAUGAUGAUGGCAUCCGGGGCACCGGGGGUGGCGCGGAGGGGAAAGGAAGGGGUGAGGAGGAAGGGGGGGAAGGGGCAGAGAAGGCAGAGGGUGAAGGAGGGGAGGCAGAGAAGGCAGAGGGUGAAGGAGGGGAGGCAGAGAGAGCAGAGAGGGAGGCGGCGUUGGGGCGAGUGGAGGAGGCGGAGAGGGCGGUGGAUGAGGUGCUGGCGGUGCAGCAGCAGGAGGUGCAGGCCGCACGCAGCAGGGAGGUGCUGCGUGCCGCGCUGCGCCUGGUGGCGCUGGAGAGGCGCCGUGAAGCUCUGCUGCAGCAGGGGGACACUCCGGGCGACCGCGCGCUCAAGGUGGGCAGGGCAUGCUUUGAGAGCAGCGGAAAGAGCGUUGAUGGAGUGAGUCGGCGGUCAGGGUGA